CUCUUUCAGAGCACCUCUCAUUUUCUCCUCACUCCACUGAUUGUUUCAUCCCUUUUCUUUUUUACUGUACAUGGCGUAACGGUUUAACAAGGCUCCUUCCAACAGAUACAUGCAGUAUAAACACAAAGGCCUAGGAUGGGGAUCUGACUUAAUAAUGUAACGGUCUGUUUGAAAACCAGAGCAGAGCCGUGUGCAAAAGCAGCGCCCAUGUGGAGGGGAGAAGAACAGGACCGAAGUAGAGGACCGUGUGCAACCCGCGUGUGGCGCAGAGGAGACCGACAACAACCAGGCGCAGUCUGAGAAAGGUUUUGGUACACUUCCCUAGAUCUGUGCCUCGACACAAUCCUGUCUCGAAGCUCUACGGUCAAAUCCUUCGACCUCAUGGCUUGGUUUUUGCUCUGACAUGCACUGUCAACUGUGGGACCUUAUAUAGACAGGUUGUAGGAGCUAGUGGAGAUGAGUAGUAAUGAGUGUUUUGGAUGCGGACAUACUGGCCACUGGAUCAAGAACUGUCCGAAUGCCGGGCGGGGACGAGGCAAGGGCCGCGGGAGGGGGAAAGAUCUGUUCUGCUAUCGCUGUGGAGAGCCUGGUCACGUCGCCAGGGACUGUGAGAGGACUGAGGAUGCGUGCUAUAACUGUGGUCGUGGAGGACACAUCUCCAGAGACUGUAAGGAGCCCAAGAAGGAGAGGGAACAGGUCUGUUAUAACUGUGGCAAGGCUGGUCAUGUGGCCCGGGACUGUGACCAUGCCAACGAGCAGAAGUGCUACUCCUGUGGAGGCUUCGGACACAUCCAGAAGGGCUGUGACAAGGUCAAGUGUUACAGGUGUGGUGAGAUCGGCCAUGUUGCCGUCCAGUGCAGCAAGGCCAGCGAAGUCAACUGCUACAACUGUGGAAAGUCUGGUCACCUGGCUAAAGAAUGCACCAUCGAGGCCACGACCUAGCGCUCUGCUGCCUUCCUACGCCCCUCCCUUUUCACUUGGAUGGUUGUGUUAUUUCGUCUGAAUCGUCCCCUCUGGCCUACGGCAGGCUACGGAGGAUAGUCCCACACCAGUCUGCUGGAAAAGCAGGACAAGGGGUGAAACAUCCACUUUCUGCAUUUAAUCAAACAUGUUUGUUUAGUUUGGUAGAGGUUAAUGUAUAAUGCUUGUUAAAGAACCCCCUUUCCAAGCCACUGGUGACCAGGGAUGAAUGAUGAGUGGAUGCCCUUCCUACCUGGGAAACCAGUACUUAGUGAGUGGGUAGGAAGUCUGAGCUUCCCGUAAAGAUUGACUUUGUUUUAGUUUUGUUGAACAAAACGGAGUCUACCUGCAAGAGAGUGACUGACGUGCGACAGCAGCCCCGGCCAGCGGUCACUAUGGUUACGGUUCAGUCCCACGACAGACAGGGAGAUAACCCGCCCAAACACUGUAUGAAUACUGUGAGAGAAAUUACAAGAUUAUGUUUUAAUACUUUUAUUGCAUCAAAUGGCUGUUUUAAACAGAAUAGAGGGUUCUUAUAACUCUAUGGUGUCUGUGUGAACUGAAAGUGGGCCUCUGGGAGAUUUAACACGGACAAGAGAUUUACCAUGUCUUUUGGGUGAUAAAACCUAAAGAGACCGCAUUCCAUAGCAUGAGUUAAUGUUUCUGUUCUAUAUGGUACCAGGGAGAGAUGACCCCAGGGCCAGACCCUGGUCUCUACACAAUGAGUACUGUUUUUUCAGCAGAUACUGUCUGCUGUGAUUAACAAGUAUCUUUCAUACUAAUCUUAACCUUGUGACCCAAUCCAUACAUUUGUUGUUUGUCAUGUAGACUGAAAAGGGUGUAUCUUGGCUGUAAAAUACUUUUGUCUCGGGGGCUCUCAACGAAUCAUCUUAAGGGUGAUUUGUCGACCAGCCAUCAUUAUCGUAGAGCACUCAAUCGAUUCACUCUGUGUACGUUGUAUUGACCUGCUCCCUUAUUAAUAAGUAAAUAAAGAUUUAGUAUAAUGGA